AUGACCACGGAAGCUUUUAUUGCCGCAUUCAAAAGAUUCAUCGCGCGAAGAGGAAUAUGUCGAAAUGUCUAUUCGGACAACGGGACAAAUUUCGUAGGGGCGAAUAAAGAGUUACUGGACAUACAACGAAAACUUCAAGAGGACGAAAAGGUUCGGCAUUUUUUGGUGGAUAAGCGAAUUUCAUGGCAUUUCAUGCCAGCCUUGUCACCGAACUUUGGGGGUUUAUGUGAGGCCGCCGUUAAAUCUUUUAAGAAUCACCUGAAACGCGUCGUCGGUGAGGAAUUGUUUACGUUUGAACAAUUCAACACGUUGGUCAUCGAGAUCGAGGCUAUCCUUAACUCUCGUCCUCUCGUUCCAUUAUCCUCUGACCCUAACGAUCCCUCAGCCUUAACCCCUGCCCAUUUUCUGAUUGGUAAUUCUUUAACGAGUUUGCCCGAGGUUGAUUUUAGCGAAACACCAUCGAAUCGUCUAUCAAAAUGGCAACACAUUCAGAAGGUGAAGCAGGAUUUCUGGUCCAGGUGGUAUAAAGAGUAUAUACACCAAUUAAACGUGCGCCAAAAGUGGACCAGAGGCUCGCACGAGAUCAAGGAGGGAUCCCUUGUUGUCAUGAAGGACGAUCAUCUACCACCGCUCCAGUGGCAUCUCGGUCGUGUGGAGAAGAUUCAUCCCGGUCAGGACAACAUCAUCAGGGCAGUCACCGUUCGGACUUCCCAUGGCAGCUACAGGAGGAACGUGCAGAAGUUGGCUCAGCUUCCGAUAGCUGACUCUGAGGAAUGCGUCACGGCAUCGUAG